CCACUGCAGCGCUCCCUCUUUUCUCCUCUCUCCUCAUUUCUGCUCACUCACAACCAAAGACCAAGCCUCUGGACAACCACCCUGCAGCCCCCGUACUCAUUCACGCACACAUUGACAGAGCUUUAACCCACAACACCACCAAAGGAAGUGUCCUGCACCAGUCUAAAAAAAGAUCCAAAGAGUGCCACCGGUAUGACGCAGAGCAACGGGGAGGACCCUCAGAGGGCCUCCCGGGGCCUCCGACAGUUCCAGGCCGGUAUCCAGUCCCGCUCCCUGUUGGCCAGGAAGAGAGUGCAGAAUAUCACCAGGAAUGACGUGAAGGGCUUCUUCAUACGGAACGCCUUUGUCAUACUCACCGUUGUGGCGGUUAUCGUCGGUAUAAUGCUGGGUUUUGCCUUACGGCCGUACAAGAUGUCUUAUCGCGACAUCAAGUUCUUCUCUUUCCCUGGAGAGCUGCUGAUGAGGAUGCUUCAGAUGCUGGUGCUGCCCCUGCUGGUGUCCAGUCUCAUCACGGGAAUGGCCGCUCUGGACAGCCGUGCUUCGGGCAAAAUGGGCAUGAGGGCGGUGAUCUACUACACCACCACCACGGUGAUUGCUGUGUUUAUCGGCAUUGUCAUGGUGCUCGUUAUUCACCCUGGUAAAGGCUCCAAGGAUGAGUUCGCCAAGCAGCAGCCAAUAGAGCAGGUUAGCCCUGCUGAUGCCUUCCUGGACCUUAUCAGGAACAUGUUCCCUCCGAACCUCGUGGAGGCUUGCACCAAACAGUUCAAGACGCAGUACGCCAAGAGAGUAGUCCACGUCAAGGUGACGGUGAACGAUUCCGUGUUCACGCUCAACGGGAGCCAGCUGAUCAGCAGGGAGGAGAUGAUCCCGGUGCCAGGGUCGGUCAAUGGGGUCAACGCGCUGGGAUUGGUGGUGUUCUCCAUGGGCUUCGGUUUCAUCAUCGGGAGCAUGAAGGAGCAGGGCCAGCCUUUGAGGGACUUUUUUGACUGUCUCAAUGAGGCCAUCUUGAGGCUGGUGGCCAUAAUCAUGUGGUAUGCCCCCAUUGGUAUCCUGUUCCUGAUUGCGGGUAAAAUAGUGGAAAUGGACGACAUCUCGUCAAUGGGCGGCCAGCUUGGCAUGUACACAGUGACUGUCAUUUCCGGGCUGCUGGUCCAUGCCGUCAUUGUCCUACCCACGCUCUACUUCAUCAUCACCCGGAAGAACCCCUUCGUCUUUAUCGGCGGGCUGCUGCAGGCCCUCAUCACCGCCCUGGGAACCUCAUCUAGUUCUGCCACGUUGCCCAUCACCUUCAAAUGCCUGGAGGAGAACAACAAAGUGGACAAGCGCGUGACCCGUUUCGUGCUGCCCGUGGGCGCCACAAUAAACAUGGACGGCACUGCCCUGUAUGAAGCGCUGGCAGCCAUCUUUAUCGCUCAGGUUAACAACUACGACCUCAACUUCGGGCAGAUUCUCACCAUCAGUAUCACAGCCACAGCAGCCAGCAUUGGAGCGGCCGGAAUCCCUCAGGCAGGACUGGUUACUAUGGUGAUAGUGCUAACGUCGGUAGGCCUGCCGACUGAUGACAUCACGCUCAUCAUUGCAGUGGAUUGGUUCCUGGACCGAUUGCGCACCACCACUAACGUUCUGGGAGACUCCAUUGGCGCGGGCAUAGUGGAGCACCUGUCCCGCCACGAGCUGACACAAGACGAAGAGACGGGCAACUCCGUGCUGGAAGAAGCGGACAAGAAGCCCUACCAGCUCAUCUGCCAGGAGCACGAGUACGAGAACGAGAGGCCCGUCGACAGCGAGACCAAAAUGUAGAAGUUUUGGGAGCAAAGGGUGGAGACUUGUCGAUAUGAGCCAAGGACAGGACAGCGGAGAUAUGUGAUGACGUUGGUACAUACUGAAUCUGUCACAUGGCAGCUGUUUACUCGAGUCACGAUUCCGUUGCGUUUUUCUUUUUCAUUUUCCAAAGUCUACCAAAUGAGACCAUUUGCAAACUACUUUUUGACACUCUUCUGAGGUUUGGUACUUUAUGUUGCAUUUCUACCGCGCAGUCUUCCAAAUGAGUAUCGUUCAUGGGAAAACAACGAAACACAAUUGAUUUUAUCCAAGAGGAUACAGCAAAAAUAGAGACUGUGGAGAGUAACAGCAUCCAUGGCUAAGGCUAAACCAGGGGUCGGCAACCCAAAAUGUUGAAAGAGCCAUAUAGGACCAAAAAUACAAAAACAAAUCUGUCUGGAGCCGCAAAAAAAAAAUAAAAAUUAAAAGCCAUAUUACAUACAGAUAGUGUGUCUUGAGAUAUAAAUUGAAUUAAGAGGACUUAAAGGAAACUAAAUGACCUCAAAUAUAGCUACAAAUGAAGCAUAAUGAUGCAAUAUGUACAUAUAGCUAGCCUAAAUAGCAUGUUAGCAUCGAUUAGCUUGCAGUCAUGCAGUGACCAAAUAUGUCUUGAUUAGCACUCCACACAAGUCAAUAACGUCAACAAAACUCACCUUUCAUGCACGACGUUAAAAGUUUGGUGGACAAAAUGAGACAGAAAAAGAAGUGGCAUAAAACACGUCCUAGAAAGUCGGAGAAAGUCAUACUUGCCAACCCUCCCGGAUUUUCCGGGAGACUCCCGAAAUUCAGCGCCUCUCCCGAAAACCUCCCGGGACAAAUUUUCUCCCGAAAAUCUCCCGAAAUUCAGGCGGAGAUGGAGGCCACGCCCCCUCCAGCUCCACGCGGACCUGAGUCCGCUUUCCCACAAUAUAAAGAACGUCUACAGUAAAGCAGUCCGUCUGCCGUAAACAGCAAUAUUGUGACACUCUUAAACAGGACAAUACUGCCAUCUAGUGCAUUUGAUGAAAACACUUUUGUGCGUGCCACACAGCAAUGCAUAAUCAGAGAGGGUGUUCAGCAUGGUUAGAA